UCUGCCUUGAAAUCUAAUCGCCGCGAGGACCGCGGGUCCACAUAAAUCUCCGUGGUCUAUUCGUCGACAGUUCGAUUUCGGUUUCCUUGAAAUUAUGGAGCUUCCAGAAUCCGGAGAUUGUAUUGUCCUUAGCACGAUAUCACCUCUCGAGACAAUAUCUGUGGAGGCUGUGGGGCCAGUCUUUCUUUUCUUGGUAUCUCAUACCAAACUGGAUGGUUCGUUCAAGCGAAACGAUCUGUUGUCAGCCCAGGAUUCCGAGUCCUUCGACGAUGAGGAUACGACUGAGUAUAAAUUUGAAGAUGACUUGGAAUAUUUGCGAUCGCUGGAUCCUAAAGAAUGGAAAGAACAGGAUCAUUAUGCCGUCCUAGGAAUGGCAGAUCUCAGACACCGAGCUACGGAAGAUGACAUUAAGCGAGCCUAUAAACAGAAAAUUUUGAAACACCAUCCAGACAAACGUAAAGCGAUAGGUGAGGAGAUUCGUAGAGACGAUGAUUAUUUUACCUGCAUAACUCGUGCCUGGGAAAUGUUAGGGAAUCCUGUAAAGAGACGAAGUUACGAUAGCAUUGAUCCCCGUUUCAAUGACGAUAUCCCAGAGGAGAAGGACGCUAAAAAUAAUUUUUAUGAGGUUAUGGGAAAAGCGUUUCAGGAUAAUUCAAGGUGGUCAGAAAAGAAACCAGUGCCACAACUCGGAGGUCCAGACACGCCUAGAGAAAAAGUUGAACGUUUCUAUUCAUUUUGGUAUGAAUUUGAGUCUUGGCGUGAAUACUCGUACCUUGACGAAGAGGACAAAGAAAGCGGUCAAGACCGAGACAUGCGAAAGUGGAUAGAAAAAAAAAACAAGGCCACACGGGCGAAGCGAAAGAAAGAAGAAAUGACCCGAAUUCGUUCGUUGGUCGAUACCGCCUAUAGUUUAGACCCCCGAAUAAAGAAGUUUCAGCGAGAUGACAAGGAGAGAAAGACGGCUGCGAAGCGGGCUAAACAGGAAGCGGCUAGAGCAAGACAACUCGAAGAAGAACGACAGUUGAGAGAAGUAGCAGAACGGGAACGUCUCGAAAGUGAGAGGAAGCAGUCCGAGGAAAAGGCACGUAACGAUGCUUUGAAGCAAGAACGCGAGGCACAGAAGAAAGCCCUUCGUCGUGAACGAAAGGCAAUCCGGGACCUCUGCAAGGGAAAUGAUUAUUAUACUAGUGACCCUAGUGAAAGUCUCAAGCAUAUGGAAAGCGUUGAAAAGAUUUGCGAGCUGUUUAAGCUUGCAAGGCUGGAGGAAGUUACGAAAAAGUUACAAAGUGAAGGUCGGAAGGGAUUCCUCGAAGUUGUUGAGGAGACAGAGCGCAAAAUCGAGGAAGAACGCCGGGCUGGGGUAGAAAUUAAUGACAGAAAAAGUUGCACCCCUGAGAGAAAUGCCAAAUCUACCACAGUCCUCUGGACUGAAAAUGACCUUCAGCUACUGAUCAAGGCUGUGAAUUUAUUUCCAGCUGGUACCAACCAACGAUGGGAUGUUGUCGCUAACUUUAUUAAUCAACACUGUAAUGCAUCUUCAAAUGUAACUCGAACUGCUAAAGAGGUGUUGGCUAAAGCCAAAGACCUGCAGACAACUGAUUUCAGUAAGUCUAGCCUCAAAGAUCAAGCCAAUAAAAAGGCUUUUGAUAACUUUAUUGCUGAAAAGAAGGGCAAGGAUGGUAUUGAUGAUAGAAUGCCACCAGUUACCGAGCGCCAUGACAAUCCGUUAACAAAUGGUAAUUCUAGUACCAGAAUCCUUGACCACAGCUCAACACAGAAUUGCAGUGUCGGAGAUGAAGAAACCUUUGCCAAAGAAAAGGAGGUUAAAAAGGAUACAGCUCUGUCUUGGACACCAGUGGAACAGAAGCUUUUGGAACAGGCCCUGAAAACUUAUUCAGCAACCGUACCAGACAGAUGGGAUCACAUUGCUGCUUGUAUACCCAGCAGAACGAAAAAGCAGUGCAUGAGAAGAUAUAAGGAACUGGUCGAACUUGUUAAAGCAAAAAAGGCAGCUCAAGUGGGUAAAUAAAAGGUGCAACGGUGAAACGAAGUAAAUGCUGACAAAAUAGAGAGAACCAAUGCUUGGCGUUGACAAGUACACAUGUAUGUUGACACCAACGUAUAUAAUGAAUGUACUCAUACAUAAUAGAAUAUAGUGGUAUGGAUUUAAUGUAAACAUUGUCUGAUUUUUGAAAUACCAUGAAGUUUUAUGUGA